AUCUCCUUUUCCCAGGGGUUGCAUUUAAUUCCUUUAUUUCAUCUGUUAACUUUUUUCCCUCCUCUCUGUCUCUCUCUCUCUCUCUCUCUGUGUGUGUGUGUGUGGAGGAAUGCAGGGAUCUGACUGGAGAAACAUGAGCCUCUGCCCGGGGUUAUGAACAACAAUUUUGCCAACAAGAGGACCGAACCCACGACCCCGGUUUUGCUGUGGCUUUAUUUUCCGAAGCGUCAGUCCCUUUUGCAGCUGAUACGAGUCCUUUCUACAAUGACGCAUCCAGCAAGAGUUUGUUGGUUUCUGAUGCUCUUCGGAAGUCUGGCUGUGCAGCUCAGCCAUGGCAAGUGUGAAGAGGCCCAAAAAAACAUAGACUUUAACUUGGACAUGAAAUAUAACUUCCCCAACUUCAGCACAGGAACAGUGAUACAGAAUGUGGUUCUCCACAAUCAGAUUAUUUACUUGGGUGCAGUAAAUAAAAUCUAUGCCUUGAAUAGCAACCUGGAGAUGCUCUCGGAGUUCAAGACUGGCCCUGUGUUGGAAUCACCAAGCUGUUUACCAUGUGACAACUGUGAAGCAAAAGCAAACGUUUCCAACAGUGUCUGGAAGGAUAACUCAAACAUUGUCUUGCUCAUCGAGACUUUCUAUGGGGAUCAACUCAUCAGUUGUGGCAGCGCAAGAAACGGAGUAUGCCACCUCCACAACAUCCAGCAAGGAAGUUCUUCAGGUAUUUUAGAAGACCCCCAUUGUCUUUACUCACCAUCUGCCAACCAGGAGCCUAAUCAGUGCCCCGACUGUAUUGCAAGUCCAUUGGGAACCAGAGUGUUGAUGACAAGAAAAGAUGGAUUUGUGAAAUUAUUUGUUGGAACGACGCUGAGCUCUGCUCCGCAAGUUUUCAUUCAACAUUCGCUAUCCAUUAAAAGACUAAAGGAAUCAGAAGAUGGCUUUCAGUUGCUCUCUGACCGUUCAUUUUUGGACAUCCUUCCAAAGCACAGGGAUGGCUACCCGAUCAAAUACCUUUACGCCUUUGAAAGCGGUGCCUACGUUUACUUCUUGACAGUGCAACAUGAAUCAUUGGGUUCUCCCCUUUUUCACACCAAGAUUAUCCGAAUAUGUUCGUCAGAUCCUUACUUAUAUUCUUAUCUGGAAAUGCCACUUGAAUGCAUCAUCAGUGAGAAGCGGAAAAAGAGAUCAGCCAACAUAGAAAUUUUCAACAUAUUGCAGGCAGCGUACGUAACUAAACCGGGGGCCGAUUUUGCCAACCAGAUGAGAAUUUCUGUUGAGGAGGAUGUGCUCUUUGCAGUAUUUGCAAAAAGCAAGCCGGGCUCUUCUGAACCCACCAACCAAUCAGCUGUCUGUGCAUUUGCCAUAAACUCCAUCAAUGACUUCUUCAGACAAUUUAUUGACAGCUGUUACAACAAAGGGCUUUCAAAAGGUCUCCACCAUUUUUACAACAGUUCUGCUAGAUACUGCGUCAAUGAGAGCUCAUCAGAGACCUAUUGUGGAGGGGGCAAUGAUGGAUCCCGUAUGGAGAUCUCAAUCUCUGUGCAACGCCUGGACCUGUUUUUUGGACAAUUCCGAAAUGUUUUAUUGACUUCAAUUGCAGUCUUCACCAAGGGCAAGGUAACAGUGGCGAAUCUGGGAACUGCUGAGGGUCGAUUAAUUCAGGUGGUGGUUUCACGCAUUGAACGUUCGACUCCCCACGUUAAUUUCCAACUUGAUGCAAGCCCAGUGUCCGCUAUUGUCCUGGUUGAACGGACGGCAGAUCCAAAAGGUUACAUCAUUGUUCUCACAGGCAAUAGGGUUACCAAAAUGCCUCUAACGGGGCCAGGGUGUGAUCACUUCUUGUCCUGCAGUAAGUGUCUGACAGCUUCUAGCUUAAUGCAGUGUGGGUGGUGCACUGAUCAGUGCUCCCGAAGGGAGGAAUGCAUAAAUAAGACAUGGACCCAGAGUACCUGCCUUCCAGUCAUCAGUGAGGUCUCCCCAUUAAGUGGUCCUAUAGAGGGUGGAACAAAGUUAUCUAUCUGCGGAAGAGAUUUUGCAACGCUGAAAUCGGGAAGGAUAAGUGCCAGAAUGACGUCUAUUAAGGUUGGAAAGUUUCCCUGCAAACUGGACGCAAACAGAAGCAACAGGAACAGACUCCUCUGCACACUGGGAGCCCUUAGUCCCACCUGGGAUUAUAGUCCUGUCAACAUUAAUGUGAUUUCAAACCGGAACUUGUCCACACAAGCAGGUGUAUUCUCUUUUGUGAAUCCAAUUAUAAUGAGCAUCUCCCCAACUCAUGGACCAAAAUCAGGAGGAACCUUACUUACUGUCACAGGAAACCACCUGAACAGUGGAAGUGCAAGGGAGGUUUUAAUUGGAGCAAAAUUGUGUGAUCUGAAAAGCUUCUCAGAAACCAGGAUAGAGUGCAUCACACCUCCUCACUCUUCCAUACUGAUGUGUCCUGUAGCUGUGAAAAUAGACUCCGCUGUGCGUAAAGCUAAGAGCAAUUUCACCUAUAUGGAGAAUCCAGUUAUUGGUAAUGUGUAUCCUCUCCAGUCGUUUGCCAGUGGAGGUAGCACAAUCACUGUGAGCGGCAGGAACCUGAAUCUCGUACACUCCCCCAAGAUGGUUAUCAGCAUAGACAAACUACCGAAGGUCUUUAACGUGAGCUGCAAAUACAGGGAUAACUUGAAGGUCAUUUACUGUAAAACUCCUUCGCUGAAUCACUUUGAACCUACCGCAGCCAAAGCAUCUUUCAUCUUCAAUAAUGUCACUGUGGCUUCCUUUCACUUUGGCUUUGUGAAGGACCCUUUGUUUGAGACGUUCAAAAUUCCGAAGGUCAUCACGAAGGGUAUCGGGACUGCACUGGAGAUUAACUUUGAAGGUGAGAUUGAUCCUGAAGCUGUUAACGGGAGAGUCCUAACAAUUGGGAACCGGAGCUGUGAGCAAAUACGACUAAAACCAAACCGAUUAAUCUGCAUAGUUCCAGGGGAUCUUCUGUCUACAGGGAAUGAAUUGGAUGUAGAGUGGAAAAAUGCCAUCACAUCGAUUCAUCUGGGGAGAGUACAGAUUGUGGAAAAUCAUCAGGAUGUAACUGGAUUAGUUAUUGGCGUGGUUUCAAUAACACUGUUAGUUAUCUUGCUGCUCGGAGUGCUUGUUUGGAUGUGCAAACUGAAACAAAGUAAAGCCACAAACACAGGCGUAGUGCGUUAUGAUGGAGGAACGCACACUCUCCACCUGGACAGGCUUGUCAACACGAGAACAAGGAACAGCGUAACUGCAGAAAUGAUCUCUCAUGAGUCCUUUGACUAUAGGACAACUCUUCAGGAAGAUCAGUUCCAGAACUUGACACAAGCAGCAGCCCGUAGACAAGCUCAGUUUUCUCAUUCCGACCUGACUUGCAUAGCAUCAAGUGGAGACUCUGAUUCAACUACGCCACUGCUUCAGACACAGGUGAACAUAAACAUCGGCAGCUUGGACUCGGAGUUGCUGAAAGAUGUGCAGCAUAUGGUUGUUAGUUCCGAGGAGCUCAUGAUGCACACUUCGGAGGUGAUCGGAAGAGGCCACUUUGGAUGUGUGUUCCAUGGAACGCUCCUGACCCAAGAUGGAAAGAGCACACAUUGUGCAGUGAAGUGCCUCAAUAGAAUCACUGACAUUGAUCAAGUAACACAGUUCCUGAAAGAAGGAAUAAUAAUGAAGGAUUUCAAGCACACUAAUGUCCUCUCUCUGCUUGGAAUCUGCCUUCCCGACCAAGGCUCCCCUUUGGUGGUGCUGCCAUAUAUGAAACACGGUGACCUACGGAAUUUUAUCAGAGAGGAAAGUCAUAAUCCAACAGUGAAGGAUCUUAUUGGAUUUGGUGUCCAAGUGUCACAAGGCAUGGAAUACCUUGCAAGCAAAAAGUUUGUUCACAGAGACCUUGCAGCCAGAAACUGCAUGCUGGAUGAAAACUACACUGUGAAAGUUGCUGAUUUUGGGCUCGCAAGAGAUGUUUAUGAGAAGGAAUAUUACAGCAUUAACAAUAAAAGCGGAGCAAAGUUGCCAGUCAAGUGGAUGGCCUUGGAAAGCCUUCAGACCCAGAAGUUCACCACAAAGUCAGAUGUGUGGUCUUUUGGAGUUCUGCUAUGGGAGUUAAUGACCCGGGGAGCUCCAGCAUAUCCUGAUGUGGAUUCAUUCGACAUUACUGUCUACCUAUUGAAAGGGAGGAGGUUGCUGCAGCCUGAAUACUGCCCUGACUCAUUAUAUGAUAUCAUGCUGAAAUGCUGGCACCCGAAGCCUGAAAUGCGACCGGCAUUCUCUGAACUGGUUUCAAAAAUAGCAACAAUCCUUUCCACUUUUACCGGGGAUCAUUACAUACAAUUGAAUGCAACCUAUGUGAACCUAGACUGUACAACACCCUAUCCACCUGUCGUUUCAUCUCAAGAUAACCUGGAUACACAUGCUCGAGUGUGAGCUGAAAUUCAAGAGCGUUAUGGCAAUGGAUGUUCUUCUCACCAGGUAAAAAAUGUAGGAAAUCCUUCUUGGCAGCUACGGAAAGAAGCCCUGAUAUUAGAUGUGCGAUUUGUGUCAAGAAUAUCAAAACACACUGAAUCUUGAACUGCUUCAGAAAAAAGCCAGAAAGGAGGCAUUGCAUUUUAAAGACAGUAGCCCUGUCCUGUGUCAUUUCUACUUACUGAUGUAACAUUUUAUUGUGAUGUUAACUGCAGAAGAAAAAGGUUAUGAAUAGAUGUUUUUUAAAUUUUAUUUCUACUCUGGCAAAUUAAUGAAGUGUUCUAUUUUUUAUAAGAAAAUGUUUAUUUUUGAAUCAAGUAGGAGCCAUAAAUGGCAACAUCUAAAACUGGACCAUAUGUUUACUGCACAUACAAAUAUUUUAUAAACUGGCAUUUGUUUUUCCUUCUCAUGUACCCAUUCCGCCUCCGGAGAAUAGUUACUUCUAAUAAGUAGCACUUUAUUUUCCGUGUUAAUGUCGUUGCAAUCACCUUGAAUAGAAUCCAGUAAUUGCAGGAUAUUGAAAUGAUCACAGUAGUAAAUGUAAUUGACAAUUCCAUUAAAAGCAAAUGUAUGUGUUAAAUUAUUAAAAUCCAGACUGUUAAAUGCUAGUUACCAAUCUGGAAAAUGUUCAUUUUAAAAAAAAGUUAGGAGGAAUGCGCAGAUUCUUUUUGUUGUAAGUGUACAUACUCAUAGGUGUCAGUGAUGCAAAUAAUGGUACAUUUCAUUCUUGAGAAUAUUUCUUUAUUUUUAACCAGAUGUACAUAUGAAUAAUAAAGGCAGUCCACA